UGGCAGCCGCGUCGACUGGCUGGCAUUUAAGCGGCAAAUUGUGGGAAAACUUUGUAGUAUAGAAAAGCAAAAAAAAAAAGAAAAACAGGAAAGCGAAGCGAAGGAAAGACGCGUGUUUACAAUCGCGUAACGUGCCCCAAAAGAAAAACCCCUCCUAACAGAAAUAUGUACAAAUAAUUUAUAGAACCAGAGAACACAUAUUUCUCUAUAUUGUGGGUAGAUAUAUAUUACGUAUACGUAUUGUACAGUAGAUGUGGAAAAUGUUUUAUAUUUAAAUCUCGAGUGGAUCGUUCCAAUUGCCAUUGCUCUGUCUCGGGCGACAGCGGCGGCGAGUGAGAAGAGUUAUAAAUAAGCGUUCAACUUGAAUUAUUCUCCAAUAAAAGACAUCCAAUAAAACACAAUCCAAAGGAAACUUGCUGCCUCCCUCCGUGAGAAAAGUGGAAAAGUGCCCUUCCUUCCGUCCAUCCCAACACCCAGUGAUUUUGCACUACUCUCCCACCAGCAAAUAUGCGGCAAUAUUUACUUCUGUUUGGCGCGCUCCUCUCUCUGCUGGCCUCAGCCUACGCCAUUAAGUGCUAUGCCUGUGAGUCUGUCUACGAGGCGAGCUGCGGUGAGAACUUUGAAGUCGAGAACCAUUUCAAAUACGACUGCGGCUUUAUUGCGCCGCCUCGGUUCCUGGAGAACGAUCUGCUCAGCGUGAAUGCCACGGCGUGUCUGAAGCGGGUCUUCAAGGAAAAUGGCGUACUCAAAAUUGUGCGUGGCUGCUACUUUGGCGAUGUGAAUGCCACAGAUAUGUGGUGCAAAAUGGAUCCCACUCUGACGGCGGUGAAUAAUGCCAGCUGCCAUGUGUGCGACAACUUGAACUACUGCAAUGCAGCGGAGGCCAUCGGGGUCAAUCAAGUGGAGACGUGGAAAUUGAUAUCACUAAUUGUGUUUCUUUUGGCACCCCAAAUACCCUGAAUGAAAUCGAGAUGCCAGUCCAUUGUAAACCUAGUCAAAUUUAGUCAUACCUUUGUAUAGAUUGUUUGCCAACAAAAAUGGGUUCUUAGAGCCCAAGUUAAUGUCACAAUUUGAAGAGUUAAUUAAGCUAAUGGAAUUAAGUAUCCGCCCCAUUGUGUUAACGUUCAAUCAGUGCCAUUAGAUGAGCCAUACAAAUUAGUCCGUUUUGGCCACGCAAAUACAACUACGAGCCGUAUGAGCCGAAAAGAUGGCAAACAACAAUUCGGAGAGCGAAAUACAAACUAAUAAAAACUAAUUUUACACCGAAAUGCCAAAUUGUU